AUGGAAAUCCAACAGCAACUGAUACACAUCUUAAAACAACGUGGUCUUAACCUAAGAAAAUGGUGCGCCAAUCACUCACAAUUACUGCAAAAUGUUAGCAGGGAGGAACAAGAAGUUGACAUAGACUUUGACAAUGACAUCAAGCAAACUAUUAAAACGUUGGGGUUAACAUGGAUGCCUAAGAUGGAUCGAUUCUGCGUAAAGGUAUGCCUAGGAAGCUGCAGCCUUGCAACUAAACGCUCAGUCAGCGCCGAUCUUGCAAGGCUAUUCGAUCCGUUGGGGAUACUAGCACCAAUUGUAGUCAUGGCAAAAAUGUUUAUUCAAGAUCUCUGGCAACUGAAGCUGACAUGGGAUGAAGCAUUACCAGCCGAUUUGAAUGAGAGAUGGACAACAUUUCGAAAUGAUUUGCAAAAAUUGGACAACUUGCAAGUUUCACGGCACGUGUUUGAAGGAUACAUCCCAGCAAAAAUUCAAAUUCAUGUCUUCUCCGACGCAUCAGAAAAGGCAUAUGGUGCUGCGAUUUACAUUAGAUACGAGCUGGAUGAGGGACGAGUACAAGUGAGGCUGCUCUGUGCAAAAUCUCGUGUGGCACCCUUGAAACGGCAAACUAUUCCUCGGCUUGAGCUCUGUGCAUCAGUACUGGGUGCUCAACUAACUACAAGGGUCAAAUCAGACCUUAAGCUAGACGAUGUGGCUACAUACUUUUGGACUGAUUCACAAAUCGUGUUGGCAUGGAUUAACUCAUCCUCAGCAUCAUACCAAACAUUUGUGGCAAACCGUAUAGCUGUUAUUCAUGAGCACACUACCGCUGAACAAUGGCGGCAUAUAAGCUCAAAAGACAACCCAGCUGACAUUCUAUCACGCGGACUGCCACCGGGGAGACUAGAAACCUGCAAUAUGUGGUUUUAUGGGCCAACAAUCUUGCUUGGUAAAGAAGACACUUGGCCUUCAAAGUAUUCCAAGGCAUUAUCAGUAAUCGACGAAGGUAUCAACAUGGAACGGAAAGGGGUGACAUCAGUCGCUGUUGCAACCACUGGACAUGAAGGAAGCGUACUUUAUAGCAUUCGACAUAAUGGCUCUUUCAAAACAUUACAAAGAGUGACAGGCUACAUGCUGAGAUUUAUCAUCCAGGCCAGAAACCAAUCGCGGGAGUCAGACAUUCCCUUGACCGUACACGAAUUGGAAAAAGCGCUUGUGGUAAUCGUUCGUACAAUGCAGCAAUCGGACUUUGAGGAAGAGCUUCAGCACCUUAAAAAAUACAACGAAGUACGCAAAAACAGUUCUUUCCGCAGCCUGUCACCGUUUCUGGACAAUAAUAGUAUCAUCUGA